AUCCGCUCCUCUGUCACUGUUGCUGUCUGGCAGCUAUGACAACGAACUUUGAAAAGUUUGAUGAAUGGCUUCGAAAAAGAAGAAGCUUUCCCCCUGUAAACCGCACAGAAAGUGUCUGAAAUGCACCGUAUACCUGGACAUUCACAAAGUCACAUGUCCAGGAGUGCUCCUGACUAGAUACAAAGAUAUCUACCUCAGUGUGUGCAUCAUGGGCCAGUAUAGGAAGACUCCCUGCCUGCCACCUGCCUUCCCUUUACGCUUCCACCACAAAAUGGUAUUUGUGAAGACUUUCCCCGGCGUUGUUGACCCUGCUGAUGUAGCUGACCUCCUGGAAGCUGACACAACAUCUUUUGAGCUGAUUCAGUUGGUGCCUCCAGAGGGUGAGGUGCUAGCUACCAUGGAGGAGAGCAGCAGAGAUUUCCUGUACUCGGGACCCAGACUGAGCUCCAGAGAAGGAGCUGCAGAGAGAGAGAUACUGAUGAGGAGAUCCUCCUCCUUUCCUGGAAUCUCCCCCAAAGUGGAGUUUGCCACGACAUCAGUCAUAGAAGAGAGUGAUGGAAGAGACAGCCGGCCUGCCUCGCCUACCUGCCGUCUCUCUCCAGUGAGGCCGACUUUAUCCCCAUCCAGACAGAGUCCAGCAAAGAAGUGUUCGCCAUCCAGUCGGCAUUUCUCUGAAGAAGAUGAUGCGACCCGUGUCUCUUUGAAAGGAGGGAAGGAAAGGCUAAAUGUUGAGGCCGGAAUAACAAACACUGCGCCAUCCUCACCCCCCAGACGCUCCCGUUCUUCAAUCCACUCUCGCCGAAGUCCUCAGAAAAUCAAGAAGGAAAGAAAACCCACUUCUCCGAGAGCUUCUGCAGACUACCAGCAGCCCACCGUUUCCUCAAGGACACGAGCCCUGUCCCCUUACACCCACCGCAGGAUGUGCCAGCUGUCGGAGGACGCCUGGCAGAGGCUCAGCCACCUGCAGCUGGGGCCGCACCGCUUCAGGAAGGAGACGGAGAGCCGGCAGCCCUUCCUGGUCUCUCGGAGCAGCAGUGCCUCUCAGACGGGAACUCCUUCCUCCUCCACACAGAGCGACAGCAUGCAGCGACGCUCUGUCAGCUUCACAGCUGAUCACACCGAUGCUUCCCUCCUGGGCAGCUACAGACCCAGAACAGCCUCAGUCAAAACUGGUUCUCUGAGGGUCCGGUCGUCUCCAGAGGCUCAGUCCAGACUCGAAACCCAGAACAAAAGCCCAGUGAGAGGGGCUUCCUUAGCUGAGCCCACCCUGAACUUGCCAAACUCCAGAAGUCCUCCGAAUCUCAAUACUUCACUCCGAGAAAGGCUACGGACCAGUCAGAUCAGUCCGUCCUACAGCGAGCAGAUCCACAGAAGAGUCCGGAGGAUUCUGCAGACGCACAAAACCACCUUGGAUCACCAAGUGACCUUUGACCUUCAAUUUCCUGAUCUGCGCACAAGGGGGCCAAGCGACAGACGCUUCGAUACAGACACGUUUCACCGCUAAAACACUCUGAAUCAAAACGUCCAAUCCAAAGUCUGUAGGAGUAGAUACACACACACUAACACACCUUCUUAACCUCAGGAUCACUCAGUUGAGCAUCUCACACACACAUCUUUGUUUAAAGCCCUUUGAUGUUACACCUUUCCAGGCACCUUGUUGUUGUGGUUACCCUUUGGACAGGCGGGGUUGCGUUCUAAGCGUAGCAGCAGUGCUUCCCCUCCCACUCAUCAGCUGGGCUUUUUUCCUCCAGAGCCUGGAUGGUGAGGCCACAUGGAGACGUCAUCUCAUUUCCCUAAAGCUGUGUGUGAAAUUGGCUCAGGUAUAAAGACGCUACAUUCAGUGUGUGUGCGUACAGAAGGAGACAUGGUGGAUGUAAGCUGCAGCUGUUAAGAGCUCAUCUCUCACAGCACAAAGACAGUCAAGAAGGUAGCCCAGAGACACUGAGGAGAUUUAACAGGAACAAAAGUAAUCCUGCAUCAAAGAGGAGACGCACAAAUUAAAACGGUCAUUCACAUCUAUAGUGAAACACUGAGAUGAGUGUCAGAGCUCAAAAUGAACACUACACAUGUGAUGGUUUCACUCAAACAUAGGCACUUUAUUAUCAACGUGCCCUCAUCAGAUUCACCCUGUAAAGCAGGAAUGACAUUUCAAUGAUAAAAAGGAACAUGUUUUCCUUUCUGCAGGAACACAAAGGUGACAGCUAUAGUGUUGGGCUUUCUUUGGUAAGCUAGAACUUAAUGGCAAUAUUAAUUCCCUUUCCUAUUCCUCAUUGACUCAAUCAUGAGUGCUGUGCAGAACCGUACUUCUCUUCACACUUUAAAUAACCCUCAAGCAUCUUUUUAAAAACUUUUAUUGCUUUGACAUGUCCGAAACAUGUACAUGUAGUUCAACAACACAGUUAGUUAUUUUGUAUUAAGUUCAAAAUGGCUUUUGUUGUUAUUAGCAGAUAUGACACACUGUUAAACACAGAGGAUUGUGAAUAGUCUUUUAUAUGAAGGCGUGACCAAAGGAGCUGGAGGAUUUAUAAAAACUAAAGUCCGCCAGCGUGUCCUCUCUCUUUGUGGAUCCUAACAGUGACUGACAAAUCAGGUUCCUUUAUACUGCAGUCAUUCUGCUUCUCCCUCACUUUUCUUUUUCAGGAUUACCAAAAGCAGUAACGUAAAGUUUAUACAUGUAUUAAGUGUUGUAACCUCAGCUUCUGGACUGUAAACAUCAUUUGGAAGAAAUCGUCACUAAACACAAGUAGCGCUAAUAAAAAGCAACAUUGAUAUUUCAUGGUACGGGGCAUAUCUUCAGCCUGAGGUGAGUUUAAAUUACAAAAACCAUUCCAAAUGUUUGUGCCGGUUGUCAAAGAAAAGUGUUUUAAUAUUCAGCAUCAGUGUAUUUAGAAAGACUACGAUAACUGUAAAGCACUACGUUGCAGGAUUACGGGUCCAUUGGAUUCAAAAGCACCGUUCUGCAGACUGUACAAAGUCUGGAUAGUGUCGAUGACACGCCGCUCAGAGUCCAUCAGUCUUCAGAUUUACUUCUUAUGGAAUUUACUCUUCUUCGUGUUCUUCCUGCCGGCGCCCUGUGCUGCUCUCUCCGUCACGAUGUGCUGGUACUUCUUCUUGUUGUUCCUGGGAAGACGAGAGAAUCGCACAUUUAGUAUAACGUAUAUCUGCAGUAAUGAAACACACCUGUACUCCAGGUGUUCCCGACUAUACUGUAUAUUGUGACCAACGUACUGUCUGAACUCGGCGUCGUUGAGCAGCUCCUCCACCAUGGUUCUCUUCCUCUGCUUCAUGGGAACUCGGGAAUGAUAGAAGUCGACGGGACUGUCCACCACCGUACCAACCUGAAACACAGACAUUAAAAUAUGUUAUACUCAAAUACACACAGGAUGUUAAAACAUAAAUACUGACAGUAUUCACAUCACAAGUUAUUCAACAGUAAAAUAUAACUUAUUUUUCUGAUUCCUGCAACGUUCUUGCCCUAUGAUAUUUAUUACAGUAUUUCAUGUAUUUUCUCUUCAUGUUAAGUAUAUUCUGUUGCAU